AUGGGGUCAGUGUCUCCCAGGGACUCGGACCAGCGUGCCCAGAGCUUCCAGUACACCAAGUACGGGUGUCGAAAGAAAGGCGACACCAAGAUGGUCCACCGAGGCUACUGCGACGCCAACAAGAAGCCGAAGCCCAUCCGCAGAAUGUGUAACCUCCAGGACUGCACGCAGCCGCAGUGGAUCUCGGACGAUUGGGAGUAUUGCACCAAAACCUGCAGCAGCCUGGGUUUUCAGAUCCGGACCGUUCGCUGCGUGCAGCUGCUCCACGACAGCGCCAACCGCUCCGUCCACAGCAAGUACUGCAGCGGCGAGAAGCCCGAGAGCCGGAGGCCGUGUAACAGAGUCCCCUGCCCCGCUCAGUGGAGGACCGGAGCCUGGUCAGAGUGCUCCGUGACCUGUGGAGAGGGGAUGGAGAGGCGUUUGGUCACCUGCCGAAUCGGAGAUCAGUGUAACGGAGAGAAACCGGAGAAUGUGAGACCCUGCAGACCCGGACCCUGCCACGAUGAGCCAUGUAAUGGGGACAAAUCCAUCUUCUGCCAGAUGGAGGUCCUCGCGCGGUACUGCUCGAUUCCAGGCUACAACAAGCUGUGCUGCGACUCCUGCAGCAGGCGCAGCGGAGCUCUGACCUUGUUCUCCGAGGCGGCUGAGAUGGAGGAGCACGUCCGCUUCGGAUCGGCCUCCCAGCUGCUCGAGACCUUAACGGCGUCCGUCGCAGGCAACGGCACUCGCGGCGGUAAACAAGGCAAAGGGUCCGUCACGUCGGGCAACGCUGCGAAACACGCCACCACCCCUGCUCCGUUCAAGAAAACCCCGCCAAAGGUCUCCACGCCACUGAGACGGGUUCCGCGACACAUGGCUCUCACUGGCAGGAAGCUGCCCGCCAUGGCAACGUCUCCCCUGGCGGAUCCCGGCGAGGGUCACAGGUCGAGCAGCUCCACGGAUCGUCGGCGGCCAACGGCGUUUUCCGAAGUGGAGAGAUGAAAGUGAAGCCUUCCCCUCGGGACUCUUUAUGUACAGAACAUCAUCCGGCUUCAUCCUGAGUCGUCUCACGCCUAAAAACCCCACAGAGAAAAGUGCUGGUUCACUUUGUUAAGAAUUUCCAUUCCUGCCCCUGAGCUCCCGCAGUGAACCAAAGAAGGUGUGUGACUUCACCUUCACGCUGAAUAUUUAGAUGAGAAACAAAUUUGAUGGAAUUAUUUCAGGUCACGAGGACCGAGGGGAAUUUUCAGCUGAGUCAAAUGAAAAGCUGAAGGAGAGGAAACAGCUUCGGUGGUUCAGGGACACAAAAUAACCAAAGGACAGUUUAAUAUUCAGAAGACGCCCGUUCCCGCUGCACUCUGUCCAAACCUGUUGUGUUUAUAUUAUGAUAAAAAUCUUUACUCCAGUCAGUCUCUUGACUUUUUGACCCCCGCGAGUGGCGACGGGCGCAGGACGGCGUCUGCGUUUCCUCUCUGAUUGGUCUCUUCUCUGCUCUCGUCCCCUGGUGUUGGGUCAGCGGGGGGGAUGUCACAGGUGCAGAUUCAGUUUGUCGAACACACAGAAAAAAGAAAAAAAAAAAGAAUCCAGGACAGAAAUAGAGUCAGAAACGAUGCACUUGUCUUCUUGCAAAAGAAAAUCCCAAAACAACCUGAGCAUUAAUUCUUUUAUUCGUCAAAUCUUAUUUUAAUAACGCUUGGUUCCUCUGGGUCGUGUCUGCAGAUCGCAACUGGGAAUUCUUUUUAAAGAACAGAUCAUCUGAUGCAGCUGAAAAUCCCCUUUUACUUUAAUGCUACAGCCAUUUUCUUGCCAAGAUAUUCAAAUACAGUCGUGUGCCAGUUGUUGUGCUCAGUGCACAUCCAGAGUCAGACGUUUGACCAGAAUGCACCAGUGAACACCAUCAGAGAAAUGGUUUUAGUUGUAUAGUUGUUGUUUUUUUAUAUCCAGCAAUGUCUGUUGAGUGGCACUCUUUAUUUUCUAUGGA